AGCUGCUCUCAGCCCUGUAGCAUUUUUACCAAAGACUUCCUGCAGCAACAUGAAAUUGGUCGGCUUCCUCCUCCUCGUGACUCUCAGCCUCAGCCUAGAGGUUCAGGAGCUCCAGGCUGCAGUGAUACCGCUGAAUGUUUUGGGCAUCUGCACAGAGCUCUGCGGAGGUGACUGGGACUGUGGGCCAGAUGAACACUGCAUCAGCAAUGGGUGUGGCCACAUCUGUGCUGAAAAAUAGCAGUUCCUACCUUCAAAGAUGUGGCUGAAGCUCCUUGACUAAGAAGACAGAUGAAAUUGUGGCCUGUGGACGGAGACUGUCAGGGGUGUGGAGGGAGGGAAAGAAGGAAUAUUUAUUUUAAUAAAUCAUCA